AGAAGAAGAAGCAUACUAACAGAGGGAAAUAACCUAAAGGCUACACCAUUAUAUUCGAAAUCGAAAGUGGAAAACUGUCAACUUGUUUAAAAGCUUCAUGUGCUAACGUUGUCCUGAUUAUGUUGGAAAUAUUUGCAUCUUGAUGUCAAGCAACAAUCAAUCAAUCAUGAAUUCCUGAUAUUUUGGACAUUUGGUAUAAUUCUGCUUGAGGAAAUACUGACGUGAAACCAAGAUGAGUGGAAUGCUGGUACUUAGGAAAAUUAACUAAAUGCAGAAAAUUUUCUCAGUUGUUAAAAAGUAAUUCUGGAAGUUAAUAAACAGACCACCAGAAAAUCAUGAGAAGUGCAGCCAUGGAGCUAAGAUCCAAAUAAGUGUAUGAAUAGCUAUGAUGCACAUUGCAUAAAGAAAUAAAAUUGGAAGUCUGAACAAAAGAAAAUUAUAAACUUAAUUAUUAUAGCCUUACAUCAUGGCAUCUAGACUUACACAAGAGGAAGAAAACUAUGUCAGGAUGAGCUUGUUACUGACAGGAAUAUCUCCUCGUGCAGCACGAGCUUUGUUUGAUCGUGAAUUUGCCCCAUCAUGCUUAGAUUCCUCACUGAAGAAAGAGUACAAUAAACUGAAAGACCUUCAAAUGAAGCGAAUAAUAAACCAGUCUCAGUGGAAACUCCUGACCCCCCGGUCACCUGAUGUACCUGAUUCUAAAACAUUUGAUGUAACUCUAAUAAUAACGUUACUUAGAAACCUGACCCAACUAACCCCUCCUCAUGGUGGAUAUGACCAGUUACCAUCUGAUAAUGAAACUACACCUUCUUCAGAUUUAGCCAGGAUAAAAUACUACAGAAAUUUCCUGGCUCACCUGAAAGAGGGGAAAGUAGACAGAACUACAUUCACCACAGCAUGGAACAAUAUUACUAAUGCUAUCAGCCGAUUAGGUGGACAGCCAAUGAAACAGGAGUGUGAUGACCUGAAGGUGAAGAUACUGGACCAGACCAAUCAGGAAAUAAUGCUGGACAUUAAACGUUCAAAUGAUGAAAUAUUUGAAUUGAAAAAGUCGGUGGAGAGCUUGAACAAGUCAGUGAAGGGCUUGAAGAGAGCAAAGAAAGCUUUGACAGUAAAAGUGAAAAAGUUAAAGACAUCUCAAGAAGAUACAGUACCAUGGAAUAUUAGGGCACAAAUCAGUCAGAUUCUUGUGGAGUGGAAGGAUAAUGACCACAUGUUUAUACCAACAGAAGCUACCAGACAUGUACUGAAAUGUAUAACAGAGAACAGUUGUGUAACUAUUACUGCUAGUUCUGGUGUUGGUAAGACAGCAAUACUCCGACAUGUGGCAUUACAAAUGGCAAAGGAAGGGUACGAUUUACUUCUAGUGACAGAUCCAGGUGACAUUGUUAAGUUUUAUAAUCCAAACCAGAAAUCAUUGUUUGUUAUUGAUGAUUUAUGUGGAAACUAUUCUUUAAACCAGACCGACAUAAAAGUUUGGGAACCAGUCAUGGAGCGAAUAAAAAAUAUCCUUUCAAAUACACAUGCUAAGAUAAUAGCAGCAUGUCGAUUACAAGUGUAUCAGGAUGACAAAUUUGAAUCUUUAUCGAUUUUCAAAUCAUGUGUGUGUAACCUUUUAUCAGAUAACAUGUGCUUGACAAAAGCUGAAAAAGAGUCAAUAGCUGAAGUUUAUCUUAAAACAAAAGCACCUGAGGUUAUAGAUUAUUAUGAUUUAUAUGAUUGUUUCCCACUUUUAUGUAAAUUGUAUCAUGAAAAUCCUGCACUUAAUAUCACAGAUUUUUUCCAGAACCCAUUUACAGUUUAUAAAGAAGAGAUUGACAAACUACAGAAAAAAGGAUUUUCUAGUAAAUACUGUGCUUUGGCUUUAUGUGUCAUAUUUAACAACAAGUUAAAUGAAGAUAUAUUGACAGAGGAGGUGAAAGAAGAAACAAGAACCAUCAUUGAGAACACUUGUGAGGCAUGUAAACUAGAUAGAGGAAUAUCACGGCUUACAUUACAAGAUGAACUAAACUCACUUACACAUACAUUCCUGAAAAAGGAGGAAAACAUAUACAAAACUAUUCAUGAUAAAAUAUUUGACUUUCUGGUGUACUACUUUGGACAGAAAAUAAUCAGCUGCUUGAUAAAGAAUGCACAUAGUAGUUUGAUCAUGGAAAGAUUUUUGUUACAAAAACAAAACAAUGUUGAUCAGUUUAUAACAAUUGUACCUCCUAAGUAUCAUAAAAUGUACAUACAAAGAAUGAUUGAUGACUGGUCAAAGGGUAAAGUAAAUGAUGUGUUUUGUAACAUAAAUAUGAGCAUACCACAGUUCAGAAAAAAAUUUCUCUGUUUUUUAAAUGAACUGACUGUAUCUUACCAGAGACAAUUAUCACUCACCUGUGAUGUAAGUAAUAAUGAUACUGCACUGUUACUGUCAUGUUUUGAUGGUGACAUUCCUAUGAUUAAUUGGUGUAUUAAUCAUGGUGUUGAUGUUAAUCAGUGCAGAAAUGAUGAGUUAUCACCAUUACAUGUAGCUGCUCAGGAAGGUUGGGUGGAAAUAGUAAGGAUGUUGUUAAACAUAGGAGCAGAUUAUAAUAAAUGUAACAAUGAUGGUUGGUCACCUGUAAAGAUUGCUUGUAGAUAUGGACAUACAGAAAUAGUAAGGAUGUUGUUAGACAUAGGAGCAGAUUAUAAUAAAUGUGACAAUGCUGGUUGGUCACCUGUAAUGAGUGCUUGUAGUAAGGGACAUACAGAAAUAGUAAGGAUGUUGUUAGACAUAGGAGCAGAUUAUAAUAAAUGUGACAAUGUAGGUUGGUCACCUGUAAUGAGUGCUUGUAAUUAUAAUAAAUGUGACAAUGCUGGUUGGUCACCUGUAAUGAGUGCUUGUAGUAAGGGACAUACAGAAAUAGUAAUGAUGUUGUUAGACAUAGGAGCAGAUUAUAAUAAAUGUGACAAUGAUGGUUGGUCACCUGUAAUGAUUGCUUGUAGUGUGGGACAUACAGAAAUAGUAAGGAUGUUGUUAGACAUAGGAGCAGAUUAUAAUAAAUGUCACAAGGAUGGUUGGUCACCUGUAAUGAGUGCUUAUUAUAAUAAAUGUGACAAUGCUGGUUGGUCACCUGUAAUGAGUGCUUGUAGUAAGGGACAUACAGAAAUAGUAAGGAUGUUGUUAGACAUAGGAGCAGAUUAUAAUAAAUGUGACAAUGAUGGUUGGUCACCUGUAAAGAUUGCUUGUAGUAAGGGACAUACAGAAAUAGUAAGGAUGUUGUUAGACAUAGGAGCAGAUUAUAAUAAAUGUGACAAUAAUGGUUGGUCACCUGUAAAGAUUGCUUGUAGUACGGGACAUACAGAAAUAGUAAGGAUGUUGUUAGACAUAGGAGCAGAUUAUAAUAAAUGUAACAAUGAAGGCAAGUCAACUGUCAUAAUUGCUUCUGAAAGAGGUCAUAGUGAUAUAGUUAAUGUGAUAAAUGAACAUUCCAGGGACAAAACAGGUGCUCCAAUGAUUCUGGUUGAUUGUUUAUUAAAGUCAUGACUGGUAAACAUAGGCAACAAAACAAUUAGAAGCUAAAUUUUUCAAUUAACAAUCACUGAAUGUUGUGUGAUUAUACGUUAUUGAUUUAUAAUAAAAACAUAGAGGACUUAGUAUAGUAUAUAUGUGUGCAUAGAGGACUUAGUAUAGUAUAUAUGUGUGCAUAGAGGACUUAGUAUAGUAUAUAUGUGUGCAUAGAGGACUUAGUAUAGUAUACAUGUGUGCAUUCAUUCAAUAAUUUCCUUAACAUGUUUAACAUUAUAAUUACAAGAGACUCGUUUCAGAUGACUUUAAGUCCCUGCACUAAUUUUCUAGAAAUAUAAGGUUGAAAAUUUUACCAAUUUUUAUAGUUUUUUUUAGGGGAGAAUCAAUCUUUUGACAAUGAAGAAAAUCUGUUGAAAUUCAUUACCACUGACAAAUGGUUGGGGACAGGGGAAAUUAUCAUGAUUAUUCAAAUGACUUGCAUUUUGGUAAAUAAAGAUAAAAAUUGGGUACUCAGUUUUGGUUAUCUUUUUCAUAGAAUAUUGUAAAGUGUUGUUGAUUUGUAGUAUUAUCAUGAUUAUCCAGUUUUGUUAUUACACCCUAAAUUUAACACUAUUUAUUUCGUUAAGUUAUAAGAUAUGUUUGAAUAAAGCAAGAAUCAGUGAGAAAAAGUAUAGGUAAUGCAGCAAAUACAUAAUUAACAGUGCCUGGUUAUGAUUCAUAGCUUGGCCUUCUUCAGAGGUAGAAUGGUGGAUUGAUAGUGGCACUCUAUUUAUGUAGUGUCUGAAAGUUAUCUGUUACUGGAUAAUUAUUGGUUAUCCGUAACCGGAUAAUUAUAUGUUAUCUGUUUUUGGAUGAUUUUUAUCUAUUCAGUUAAACAUCCGGUGGUAUUUUCAUUAGUUACUGUAAGCUUCUUUCAACUUUUCAUCAGUUAAGCAUUGUUAAGGUAAACUGCUUUCAACUUUUCAUCAGUUAUGGUAAACCUCUUUCAACUUUUCAUCAGUUAUGGUAAACCUCUUUCAACUUUUCAUCAGUUAUGGUCAACUUCUUUCAACUUUUCAUCAGUUAUGGUCAACUUCUUUCAACUUUAAGAAUAAGUGAGUAAUUGUUUGAAUGAAAAGAGAUAUUGGACAUACAUCAAUGAGACAUCAAUGAGACAGCAUAAAUAAGACAUCUACAAUAUGUAAGAAAUUCCAUGUUGUAAACUAUAUUUGGUCUAUAAUCUCUGGUCAUGUCUAGUCAUUGUUAUGUGAUCAUGACAACUGUGACUUCAUUUUCAUGGGUUGAUAUGGUUAGAUUCAUAUCUGUAAGCAAUGAUUUGACGCAAGAUUUGGUUCCAAGAAACAUAAUAUAAGCCAGGAGCUCUUUUCACAAAAAAUCUUAAGAGUAAAAAUACUCGUAAGUCAUACACAUUUCAGUUUAACUUACGAUCAAUUUUUAUCGUAAAUUUUUUUGUGAAAAGAGUCGCAGUUUUUUAUGUGGUUGUAUAUUGGUAUGACGUUGGCGUCGUCGUCGUCCGAAGACACAUUGGUUUUCGCACUCUAACUUUAGUUUAAGUGAAUGGAUCUCUUUGAAAUUUUACCAUAAGGUUCAAUACCACAAAAGGAAGGUGGGGAUUGAUUUUGGGGGUUAUGGUUCCAACAGUUAAGGAAUUAGGGGCCACAAAGGGGCCAAAAAUAAGCAUUUUCUAGUUUCCAGACAAUAACUGUGGAACGGUGUAUGGAUCUCUCUGAAAUUAUACUACAAGUUUCCAUACCACAAAGGGAUGGUUAGGAUUUGCUUUGGGGGG